AUGAGGACGGUAGGGAAGAGGGAGUCGGCAAGGAAGAGGGAGCAGCGGCUAACGACGGUGAGGCAGAAGCAAGAUGCGGUGGGGGAACAUAGAGAUCCGGUAAAGGAGAGAAAUUCUCAGCUAUCGAAACAGAACUUGAAGCCGAUAGCUGAGGAGGAGAACCACCAUCCGGUGGAGCAGAUGGUUCUGGUGGCUCGGAUGGGCGAAGGUCUUUAG